CGCGAGAAAGAGAGAGAUGGGUAGAGUUAUCAGAGCUCAACGUAAGGGAGCUGGAUCUGUAUUCAAAUCCCAUACUCACCAUCGUAAGGGACCUGCAAGAUUCAGGAGUUUAGAUUUCGGUGAAAGAAAUGGUUACUUGAAAGGUGUAGUUACUGACAUCAUUCAUGAUCCAGGACGUGGUGCACCAUUAGCCAGAGUUACUUUCCGUCAUCCGUUUAGGUACAAGCAUCAAAAGGAGUUGUUUGUUGCAGCUGAGGGUAUGUAUACUGGUCAGUUUUUGUAUUGUGGGAAGAAAGCUAGUCUCAUGGUUGGUAAUGUUUUGCCAUUGCGAUCAAUUCCUGAAGGAGCUGUUGUUUGCAACGUUGAGCAUCAUGUCGGUGAUAGAGGUACUUUAGCCAGAGCUUCUGGUGAUUAUGCUAUUGUUAUCAGUCACAACCCUGAUAACGGAACCUCAAGAAUCAAGCUUCCUUCCGGUGCCAAGAAGAUUGUACCAAGUGGUUGUCGUGCUAUGAUUGGCCAGGUUGCUGGUGGAGGUAGGACUGAGAAGCCCUUGUUGAAGGCUGGAAACGCAUACCACAAGUUCAGAGUGAAGAGGAACAGCUGGCCUAAGGUUCGUGGUGUGGCUAUGAAUCCAGUUGACCAUCCCCAUGGAGGAGGUAACCAUCAGCAUAUUGGACAUCCCAGUACGGUUAGCCGUGAUAAACCUGCUGGACGAAAGGUUGGUCUUAUUGGUGCUAGGAGAACUGGUCGUCUCCGUGGACAAGCUGCUGCUAGUGCUGCUAAGACAGAUAGGGCCUAA